AUGAUCGCCACAAGGCUACGCACAAAAACACGUUCAACAUCAUCAAUUUAUCCACCAAAUGCAAGAAUCAUUCGAUUUCUAUCCUAUCGUCAACCUCAACAAUCAACAUAUAGACAGUCAUCAUCUUCUCCUGUCACCGAUAGCACUGAUGCAACUGAGGAACUUGAGAAUUCUCAGUUCAAAUUUUCCGAGCGAUCAGCAAAUCAAUCACAAUUACGUUCAAACCAUGCGAGAUACCAACGUAUGCAAGCACCUAUUGUGUCGUUUGAUGAAGAAGGAGACAUUCCGUUACCGGCAAUCAAAAGUAAACAUCUUUUGAUACGGGAUAUACGACAUUUCGAUGAUUCAGGCGAGAAUGUGACUAUAUCGAAAGCUAUUGCGGAUGAAAUCUCAGUUGAAAGGACGCGCAAACAGAAAUUUCGACAUGCACUUCGAACUGUAUCGAAAGUUGCUUUUAGUCAAUUAGGUUUGGGUGGCCUUGUCGUUGGAUAUGUUAUUCUCGGCGGUUUGAUAUUCGAUGCCAUUGAGUCACGAUAUGAACUUGAACGCUUAGAAGAGAAAGAACGCAAUCGACAACAUUUCGUUGAUCAGUUGUACAUUCAUGCAUAUCGAGAAUUUAAUCGUGUUUUGAACCAAACAUUUGAACUGAAAUACGCUCUUUGGCGUGGUGGUAUCUCACGUCAUGAUGAACAGAAUAAUGGUUGGCAGAUUGAUGUUGAAAAAGAUUUAUGGAAACAUUAUAUCGACUAUGAAUUAUUACAAUAUUUUGGUGCCGAAGAAAAAAGUCAAUAUGGAAGUGAUCAACAACAACAGGAACAAAAUACAAUCCAAGUUUGGACGUUUUCUAGUGCUAUGCUCUAUUCAGCAACUGUCAUAACAACGAUUGGAUAUGGUAAUAUUACACCAAAGACGACUGCAGGCAAAAUUGCUACUAUGGUUUAUGCAAUGUUUGGUAUUCCUUUAAUGUUUAUGUGUUUGACAUAUACGGGUGAUUUAUUAGCUGAUGCUUUUAUCUCUGGAUACUCGAAAAUGGUAAAUUUCUUCUGCAGACGACUAUGUUGCGGACGACUAAUACCUUGGCUAUCAAAUACUCCACAGCCCAAUUUCGUUGAAUCUGAUAACGAUCAUGAAGAUCCUCGACAUGUCCCAAUAGUUGCAACACUAGCUGUGUUAGCGUUCUAUAUUGCAAUGGGUGCAUUACUAUUUGCUCAAUGGGAAAGUUGGCAUGUACUCGACGGAGCCUAUUUUUGUUUUAUCACGUUCACAACCAUCGGGUUCGGAGAUCUCGUACCAGGGAAAGGUACAGUGACCGAAUCGAAGGCUGGUAAAGCCGCGUUAUGUGCAUUAUUUCUUCUCUUCGGUAUGGUUGUAAUGGCCAUGUCGUUCAAACUGAUGCAAGAUGAAAUCAUAUCAAAAUUUAGACGCAUUGCCAAUCAUUUUGGCUUUGGUAAACGUCACAUGAAUGAUCCUACUUAA